GGUCGCAGUGUCGGACUUGUUUGGCACCGCAGACACUGCUGGAAACUUCUGAUCAACUCAUGCCAGCGAGUUGCUACUGCACACGUCGUUCACUGCCGGGGCAGACGGGACUGAUAACUCAGCAAAAUGCCAUCUCACCCCAAACUCAGCCAGUUUGCUGACCUGGAAGAGAUGAUGUGCAAGCAGUUACUUAGUCUCGACCUGAGGGAGCCCAACGGACCACCACCAUCCCUGGGUCUGGCAAUGAGAACACCAGGGUACAUCAGCCAGCUGCAUAAGACCUAUUCCCUCUCGUCUCUCUCCUGCCUCUCCACUGAUUCCAACCAAUGGGGGCAGCAGCCGGAAAGCCCAAUGCCCUCCGAGCUUGCUGGUUCCUCUAACUGGGGGAAGUCGGGCUUCCUUGCCCAGCGCUCUGUUAGCAUGGUAGAGACGAGCAGCAGCAGCACAGCAGCAAGUCUAGGCUGGCCUGGGACUGACAUGAAUCACUCCCAAAGUGACAUCAGCCCCACGGCACUGAACACUAGCUCCUCUUCAUCCAAUUCAUCUCUCUCCUCUUCCCGCUAUAAGACUGAACUGUGCCGCUCUUUCACAGAGAACGGGUUGUGCAAGUAUGGUGGGAAGUGUCAGUUUGCCCAUGGACUAGAUGAGCUGCGAGAUCUUAACAGACACCCAAAAUACAAAACUGAGCCGUGCCGUACCUUUCACACCAUUGGUUUCUGCCCCUAUGGAAUCCGGUGCCACUUUGUCCACAACAACGAGGAAGAAGAGAAGCACGCGUUCUCGCGUUCCUCCUCAUCUUCCUCUUCCUCCUCUUCAAGCGUUCCCCAGCAGCCUCUUUGCUCCUCCCUCCCACGCAGACCUCCUCUUGUCAGACAAAGCUUCAGCUUUGCAGGGUUUCCCUCUGCUCCUCAGCAAGCCCUACAACAUGCCUUCACUCAUUCUCCACCCGCUACCAGCCCCUUCACACCUGCUCCUAUGGCUUCUCCUCCUUCCUGCGCUGAUAUUACUGACUUCCUGUCUAAUGCCUUCCUGGAGAUGGACUCCGCCUUCAAGGCUUCCCCUGCCGACAAGUAUCAACCACUGGGAAGUCAGGCCAUGUCAGAUCCCAGGUCUCCAUUCUUGCCUUCUCCCGACUCUGGCUGCUCUCCAUGUGGGCUCUCUCCAACCAGCUCCCCUCUCCUGAGACAGAGCCCCAGUGCCACUUUGCAGCCUCUUGGUACCCGGUCCCUGUCCUACACUUCUCUGUCAGACCAGGACCAAGACGGGAGCAGCUCUGCCAGCUCGCUCAGUGGCUCUGAGACCUGUGGUGGCAUUAACGAAAGCAACGGCAGACGUCUGGCAGUAUUCAGUCAGCUCUCUGUGCCCGAGGACACUGCUGGGGUCUUCCUUUAGGCUGCAGUGUGCUGGAAUCGCAGACACGCAUACAUUACAUGCAUUCACACACAGACACAUUCAGACCCCAUAUUCUGAGAUGACACGUUAGUGCUCAAGCGCACACAACGCUCGUACAUUUGACACAUACAUGACGUACAUUCCCCUCUCACACGCAGACACCUCAGUUUUUUUGCACCUGUGUGUCAUCAGAGGAAACAAAGACUUAAGUGAAUGACAGACCGCUGCCAGACUUUGGCCUAUUAUAUUUUGAUGGCUGAAAUGCCGUCGUCGAGUGUAAGGGAAGUGGAUAUUGAUGCUGAAACAAAGAAGUUUGUUGCCAUGUGAACAGACCUAUCAAAAUUGAAGUUAAGUAGUGCUUUGAUGCUUUAUCAAAAUAGUAUCUUGAGAUUGACAGAUUUAGUGUAAGGUAUUAUUACCGCAGCCCUCGAUGCCAUCACUUGUUUUAGAUCAACCGUAUUUAUAUUUACAUCUCCUCAGCAAAGAAUAUGAUAAAGCCAAAGACAUGCGUUUGUAGCUCACAGCUGAUGGUGGUGAGGCCGACAGCGCGACCUGUGUUCAGCAAUCAUUUUUCUUCCAACUAUACACACACAGUAUCUUAUUCUCCUAACUGUACAGUCUGGGGUUGUGUUUAGAUCACGAGCCUUAAACCUGACUGUGACAUUUUUAAAUGGUUAAAGUGCCGGUCGUGCUGUCAAACAGGGUCGUGUUGACGUUGAAUCACGAUUUGCUGAGCUGUUGGGUGAGAUGUAAGAAGGCUUUUACAUUUAUUUUCUUUUUGUCGCAUAAGCUAGUGUGAGUUCUCGUCUCUGUGCUGUUACAAUUGCGACAAGUCGGUCUCUGGUGCCACCUGUAAAAAUGCCAUAUUGCCAAAUUGAUCUGGCUCCACAAGUCGGGGGAAGUGGGACUCGGUUUGGGCCAGUAAUAUUCCCAAAACCCAUGUGGGUUUUGGGAAUAUGUUUUCAUAUCCCAUGUUCAUGACAUCAUUUACCUGUAUGACUUGCCAACUGGAUAAACAGGACAUGGGGUGAUUUUAUGGGUUUUGAUACAUGAGGUGUGCCAGAAAAUCUACACUGGGAGAAAAAAAAAAACCUUUAUGAUAUGGCACCACAUUAUUUUGUAUCGUUUUCUAUUCUUUUCAAAGUGAUCAUAUGUUUUGUUUUCAAGGUACUUGGCUCCGAAGCAAAGUUUAAUAUAAUCUUAUGGCUAAGUCCUGUUUUUACUUCUGGCAAAUUCCUUAAAGAUAUCUGUGGUGCCUAAUAUAUAAUUUACAUUAUCUUGAACUCAAACAUUUCCUGUAGUGGGUUUUUUCUCUCCCGUGUCCACAGGCAGCACUAGUAUUCCAUUUUUGGACAAAUAGACAUGUUUUGUGACCACCAUCUUCCACCUCUUUGGUGUAUCUCAGUGUUAAUUAUUCCUGUUAUGUCUUUUUGUACUGUUCCAUGAAGCACAGUCCUAUUCAUUUAUACUGCGCUCCUGGCUGUGUUGCCUUACUGUGCUAUAUCCAGCAUAUGCUACAGUUAUGGUAGAUAUUGUUAGUGUUUUAGAAACGUUACUCUGCAGUUUUGUGUGUUUUUGACAUAGGUUUGUAGAAGAGAAGCAACUGCGCUGUUACUGGUCUAUUUAAAAUUGCCUUUUCAUCAACAUGUUUGAGGCCUGUUCAGUGUUAAAGGUGAUAAUCUUUAGUAAAUUAAUUUCUUUAAUUUAUUUUUAACGUAUUUAUAGUUAAACUAUGUACUUACUAAGUACUUUGAGUUGUUAAUGCUCAUAUCACGUUUAAUAUAUUUUGGUCUCUUUUUCUACUGGAAAUAAAGUUUAGUGGUUUUUUA